GCAAAAGGGACGGCUGCGCCAAGCAACACUGUAUGCCGGCUCUACGAAGAGGCCUACUACCGCAGAAUAUAGACAGAUCUACCGAUUGCUCUAUCAUGACGUCCAUCAGUGUCUUGCUGAUGAGUCUGUUGGUGGUCAUCAGCCCUGCCGAAGCAGUGAUGGACGCCAAACAGGUCAGUCAUACAGCGGAAGAACAAAUGGGCAGCGCUUCUCAUGUAUGUGUGCCUGUCGUGCAGUCUGCCGGUUUCGUCCUCUUUCGCCGUCCCAUCCCGCCCAUCAGUGUGCCCUCGUCGGCCAACCGCAUUGCGUAUCGCCGCGACCCCAAAGUGACGGUGGCCAGCUCAACCAUGGACCUCCUUCAUGCCUUGACCGCCUCAGUAGACGUGAAGGUCUGGGUGAACAUCACUACCAACAAGAGGAAGAGGGGCACGUACGGCGUCAAAUGCACUCCCGACAAGCCUCUUGGCAUCGUCCUGGACCGGGCUUGUGAGGAGGAGAUUACCUCGUCAAUCCUCAAAGGUCUCGACAGCUAUGCCUUCGUGUACAACGGGACGCAGCUGGCUGUGAGCGACACUGUGGCCGAGGUGCUGGAGAGGGCCGGCAACAACGCAGCCAACGCCAUCACACUCGAAGUCACCAAAGCACCGAGUAAGCCAACCAGCGAGGCAGCCAGACAGCCGUAGGAUGAUGCAGGGAGGUGGCGGGAGGGGUCAUGGGAAGAGCGGGAAGGAGACAGAGGACGGGUAAGUAACAUACGGACACGUGUGUGUCUGUGUGUGCGUUCGUGUCAGCGAAGGCACGUGUGAACAGACGACGCGCGAGGCGCCGCUUCAGGGGCUCGAGCGUCGAUGAAGGGCUUUAUGAGGCUCUCAUAGAUGACAGAGGCUCGAGCGUCGAUGAAGCGCUUUAUUAUGCUCUCAUUUGUGAUGAUGAUUGAUCGCUUGGUACUGAAUCUGCCCGGCUCCAGCUCUACGGCUACAGGCUCGACCCGCAAACAAUCGCCCCAAUCCGGCCUUUCUGUCUGCUUGCUGACCACUCUGAUGUCGGCUGCCAUCUGUCUGUGUCUGCAGUGCCUGAGGCUUUACGCGGUAGCGAUGCCGCCGGCGAGUUUGGCAUUGAGUGCGCCAGGCCGCUGCUCAUGGGGCCUUGACGACUACUGCAACCUGACGACUUGGGCGUCCGUCCAUGUGUUGCUUCGGGUGUGAACUGAGGAGGACAGCUCGCCAGACAACUACCACCUCAGCCUGAUCUGGUUGAUGGCUUCACACACACGCAGGCCGCCUGACUAUUUCACAUGUGCGGAUCUGCCAUCAAGUAGGGGCGGGAAAGGAACGGAUGUGUAGUGUAGUGUGAAACACGAAGGUUUUUCGUUUGUAUAUUAUGUGCGGCCCAUCCUGCCUCUCUGUGUGUGACUGACUCUCUCGACUGAUGGGUGUUCUUAGUUUGUCGACCAGUGAGCCGGUCUUCCUUGGUUGGUGUGGUGUGUGGUGUGUGUGGGACUCGGCGAGUGAAUGAGUGCACACAUGGCAUCCGGCGGCCGGCCGUGACGACAAAGUGAAGGAUGUCUGUGGGGUGUGAUUGACGUCUGUGUGAUGUGAGGGUGAGGUCAAGUGACAGACAGACAGACGGGCAGCCCUACACGUGUGGACAUCGUCGAAUGGAA